CCAAAGAAACGUCAAAAUAUUUGAAACUUGUGGAGUAUUUAUUAUAUUAUUUAAAUAUAAUAAAUGAAAUCACUAAUAAAUAUAUUACUAGAAUAGGAAGAAUUGCCAUUGGUGUGAAUUAAACCUAGGGCAAAAUAAUUAUUGGUCCAAUAUUAUUGGCAAUUUCUGAACUAGCCUUGAACCUCCUUAUGCCUGUUGCCCGCAUUUCAUAACAUUUGCAACAAAAUGUUAAAAAACUUCGUUUUUCUGAAUGGAAGUUGGUCCAAAAGGCUGUAUUCUGCACAGGCCAUAGCACCCAAACCUUUGAAGGGCAAAUGGAGAAGUGUGGUGGGUCUGGAAGUGCACGCACAAAUAUCUAGUGAAUCGAAACUAUUCUCGGGAGCUGCUACCGGAUUCGGGGCACCAUUGAAUUCAGCCGUUUCCUAUUUCGAUGCUUCCAUACCGGGUACUUUGCCGGUACUCAAUCGCAAAUGUGUUGAAUUGGGUGUAAAAACAGCUUUGGCUUUGGGCUGUCAAGUCAAUCAGAUUUCCAUGUUCGAUCGCAAGCAUUAUUUUUACGCUGAUAUGCCGGCUGGCUAUCAAAUCACCCAACAAAGAAAUGCCUUGGCCAACAAUGGUCGAAUGACAUUUCCAGUUAUUGUACCCGGCAAGAAAAUCUAUUACAAGACUGUACAAAUAUUGCAACUCCAAUUGGAACAGGACAGUGGCAAAUCAUUGCAUGACCAUGAAAUGCGUAGAAGUCUAGUUGAUCUUAAUCGUGCCGGUUUACCACUUAUGGAAUUGGUAUUUGCCCCCGAUUUGGAGACGGGCGAAGAAGCUGCCUCGUUAAUUAAAGAACUUAUCCUUAUACUACGUCGUUUAAAGACCUGUUCGUGUAAAAUGGAAGAAGGUGCCCUCCGCGUUGAUGCCAAUAUUUCCAUACAUCAAGAAGGCGAACCAUAUGGCGUACGUACUGAAGUGAAAAAUAUUGGUUCCGUGCGUAGCAUAUCCCAAGCUGUUAGCUAUGAAAUACAACGUCAAUAUGAAGUUGUUUCACAAGGUGGUACCGUCAUAAAUGAGACUCGCUCUUGGGAUGCCGAGAAACGUUGCACGGUGGCAAUGCGUGACAAGGAAGUUGUACAAGAUUAUCGUUUUAUGCCAGAGCCGAAUCUUCCCGCAUUACAUUUAAAUGUGUCCGAUGAUAAGUGCGAUGAAACAGAUCCCUCAUCAUUAGUUUCAGUACCAGCCAUAGCAAAGCAAUUGCCAGAGUUGCCCGAAGCAACACGCAAACAUUUAGAGGAGCAUUAUAAGCUGAAUCAGGAAGUAGCCAUUAUAUUGGUGAAUGAGCCAAUUCUUCUUGACUAUUUUCUACAAAUCAUAAGCAAUUUACCGGCAAUACCCACCAAAACUGUUACAAAUUUCCUGAUAAAUGAUCUACUCACCUAUUGCAAUAAAGUUAAUAUCGAUAUCGAGGAAUGCCAUUUAACCUAUAACCACUUGAAGGACAUAUUAAAAGCUUUGCAUGCCGAAGAAAUCAAUUUACAAGCUGCAAGAAAAUUAAUUGAAUUACUGCAUGAAUACCACACUGCCGAGGUCAAUGAGCUUAUAAAAACCCAUAACCUUGAACAAAUUUCCGACAUUAAAACCAUCAACGAAUAUUGCCAACAAGCAAUUGAAAAACACAGCAAAGCUGUUAAACAAUACCAAAGUGGCAAGACAAAAGCUCUGUUUGCCAUUGUUGGUGAGGUAGCCAAAUUGUCGGAGCAAAAAGCAAAUAUGAAAAUUGUUGUUAAAUGUUUAGAAGACCUGUUAAAGGAAGCAAAACCCAAGAAAUAAAUGAAAUACAAAAGAAACAUUUGGUAAA